GUAAUCAAAAUUUGAGCGCGAUGAAAGAAAACAUAUAUUCUUUUUAUUUAAAAAAUUUACAGUUUAAAGAGUGUUUUUCAUAAAUGAAAAUGUCAAUCACUAAAUAUUUAAAAUUUAAUUUCAUCAUUUUUUCGGAGGACUUCUUCAAUUUUGAUUUGACAAGAAUUUUAGGAAAAUUUAAAGCUGUUUAGGUUUAUAGCAGAAAAUUUAUCCGCACAUGUCAACGUGAACGUGACGUAACUUUUAAUACUCUCAUCUCCAUUUGGCAUACUUUAAAUGUCUCUAACAGAAUUAAAAGUUAAAAAAAUGUCAAAUACCGUGACUGAGGAUGAAAUGGGAAAAAAAUGGGAUAGGUGCUUUACAGACGCAGUUUUGAAAUUAGGAGGUGGAAUUAUUGUAGGAUCAGUAUUUUCCCUGCUUUUCAUUCGAAGGAAAUGGCCUAUAAUUACUGGAGCAGGUUUUGGAUUAGGUAUGGCAUAUUCAAAUUGUGAAAAUGAAAUUAAUUCCACGGUGAGUCAAUGUAAAUCCAAAAAUCGAUGUGAUGAAAAAAAGUAAAUAGUGAAUUAUUAGAUUUUUAUUCACUUAACAACAGACGAGAUAUAGACAAAAAAAAAUUUUUGAAAAUAGUUGAUGUACUCUACGUCAUAGAGCCAGCGUUUUAAAAAAAUAUCGUCAACUUGUAUUUUAAGGAAGCAAAUAAAACUAUUUCUUAUUAAAA